AUGACAAUUUUCGCUAACCUUUCCCGUGCAGAUCGUCUAGGCGCGCUCCAUUCCAAUUCUUCGAUCGAUGUCGCGCCUCCUCCUUCUCAGGGUGUGCCUGUGCCUAUUCAUUCUGUGAGGUCGGCCGAAGCACCGAUUCAGCCUGAGCCUGUGAAGCCUGCGAGCGAGAAGAGCGUUAUGUUUGAUUUGCAGCCGGAGGAGAGGGUGUUUACGCCUGAGGGUGAGGGGGGGAAAGGUCCGGAGCGGUCUAGGGAUAGGGAGUAUGAAAGGGAGAGGGAGAGGGAGAGCGGGAGGGAUGGUGGAAGGAGGAAGGACAGGGAGAGGGAUAGACACAGGGAUAGGGAUAGGGGUAGGCGCGACGAGAGCCCCGACGAUACCUCGGAUUCGGAUGCUACCAUCGAGUUGCCUCCCCGCUUCGACGAGCGUGGCGCGGUCAGAGACGACGAUCCGCUUGCGAGUAAGCUGGAGAGCGUGCUGAAUGGGCUGUUUCGGUAG